ACCCAGGCUGUGACCCUAGCGCUGGUUCUGCUCACCUCGGCCGCUUCGGCAGAGGAGUACGACUACUACAGCUGGCAAUCGGACAAUUUCCACAAUGGCCGCUUCUAUGCCAAGCAGCCACAGUGUGUGGAUAUUCCAGCCGACCUGCGGCUCUGCUACAAUGUGGGCUACAAAAAGAUGCGCCUGCCAAACCUACUGGACCACGAGACCAUGCCUGAGGUGAAGCAGCAGGCGGGCAGCUGGGUGCCCCUCCUGGCAAAGCGAUGCCAUGCUGACACGCAGGUGUUCCUCUGCUCCCUUUUCGCUCCAGUGUGCCUGGACCGGCCAAUCUACCCCUGCCGGUCUCUGUGCGAGGCGGUGCGGGACAGCUGUGCUCCGGUCAUGGAGACCUAUGGCUUUCCCUGGCCGGAGAUGCUGCAGUGCGAGAAAUUUCCCAUCGACAACGAUCUGUGCAUUCCUAUGCAGUUCUCUGCAGGUCACGCCACUCAGACUCCAGGUAGGACCUACAAGAACAUUGUAUUAGUGAUUCAGUUGUUAUUGAUUCAUUCAUUUAAAAGGCAGAAAUGCAUUCAAACAGGGGACAUUUCACUAAAUUUUGCAUAA